CAGGGCCUCCUUGGGCCUUUGUGAACCCUGCAGAAGUCUGGGGACCCUUUUUAGGCCCUAAGCUGUGGCCUCUUCAGAGACUUCUUUAGUGCCCCGAGUGUUUUCCUAAUGCUAACAGAAGGUGGCCAGUGGAAGAAGCUUAGGCUUGACCAAGGAGUGGAAAAUCCCCAAAUCAUCUCGGUCAGCUUUACAGACACAACCAACUUGCUUCAUCCUCUGGCUCCAGGUUGGGCAGCAUGUGGGAAUGUAUUUAUAACUGAAGGGGAUCGGCUAAGAGGCUCCUCACGGCGUAAACCCAGGGACUUUUCACAUUCUGUCACGGACACGCAAUUUCAGUUCAUGAGUGAACAUUUAUGAUUAAGAAGUCAUGGGUUGCAGCAGUUCUUCAGCGAAAGACAAGAAAUCUGAGAAAGUGCUGAGAGCCACACUGAUCAUCCAGAACUGGUACCGAGGUUACAGAGCUCGCCUCAGGGCCAGACAGCACUAUGCCCUCGCCAUCUUUCAGUCCAUUGAAUAUGCUGAUGAACAAAGCCAAAUGCAGCUAUCCAACUUCUUUUCUUUCAUGUUGGAAAACUAUACUCGUGUACAUGAGGAAGAUCCAAAAUUGGCGAGUCGACUGUUUGAAAGCACCCUCCAGGAUAUCAAGGAUAGACAGGACUAUGUGGGAUUGGUAGAAGUCCCAGACUCCUAUGAGGGUCCUCGGCUGCAAUUUCCUCUCACUUUUCCUGAUAUCGAUUUACUUAUUGAGGCCUUCAAGAAACAACAGAUACUUCAUGCUCAUUAUGUCUUAGAGGUGCUGUUUGAAACCAAGAAAAUCCUCAUGCAGAAGUCGAAUUUCACUCACAUAAGUACUUCUCCCACCAAAGAGAUAACAAUCUGUGGUGAUUUGCAUGGGAAACUUGAUGACCUUUUGAUGAUCUUCUAUAAGAAUGGUCUCCCCUCAGAGAAAAACUCAUACAUCUUCAACGGUGAUUUUGUAGACCGAGGAAAAAAUUCCGUAGAGAUCCUAAUGAUCCUGUUUGUGAGUUUUCUUGUGUACCCCAAUAGCCUGCACUUGAACAGAGGGAACCAUGAAGACUUCAUGAUGAAUCUGAGGUAUGGCUUCACAAGAGAAGUUUUGCAUAAAUACAAGAUACAUGGGAAGAAAAUCUUACAAAUGUUGGAAGAAGUCUAUACCUGGCUUCCAAUUGGUACGAUCAUUGACAAUGAGAUCCUGGUCAUACAUGGCGGGAUAUCUGAUUCCACAGACUUGUGUUUACUCCACCGUCUACAAAGAAACAAAAUGAAAUCUGUGCUGAUGCCACCAAUGUCAAUAAUCGGAGACAAUGCCUCCAACCUGAAGAAAAAUAAACUAGGUGUCACCAUUAAUAUGCCAGAUAAAACCGAACAAAAUGAAUCUUUUUCGGAACAGCUAUCAAAGCACGAAUGGGAGCAGGUUACUGAUAUUCUGUGGAGCGAUCCCAGAGGCAGAAAAGGCUGCUAUCCAAACACAAGUCGAGGUGGGGGCUGCUAUUUCGGUCCAGACGUGACAUCUAAGGUUCUCAGUAAAUACCAGUUGAAGCUGCUCAUCAGGUCUCAUGAAUGCAAACCCGAAGGGUAUGAAAUCUGCCAUGACGGAAAGGUCAUUACUGUAUUUUCUGCUUCUAACUAUUAUGAAGAAGGCAGCAACCGAGGCGCUUACAUCAGACUGAGUUUUGGUACGAGCCUUCGAUUUUUCCAGUACCAAGUAACUAAGGCAACAUACUCGAAGCCUCUUCACCAAAGGGUGAAUACUAUUGAAAGCAGUGCCAUUAAGAUAUUAAAAGAGAGAAUAAUUGGACGAAAAACUGACCUCAUCCGUGCCUUCCAGCUUCAAGACCAUAGUCGAUCAGGAAAAAUUUCAACGACCCAGUGGGCUUUUUCCAUGGAGAACGUUUUGGGGCUGAACUUACCAUGGAGAUCCCUGAGUCCCCACCUAGUAAAUACAGACAAAAAUGGAGACAUUGACUAUAUGUCCAGCUUCCAGGAUAUCCACAUUGAAAAACCUGUGAAAGAGGCUCAGUCUACUGUCAUUGAAACUCUGUACCGAUAUCGAUCUGACCUGCAAAUCAUAUUUAAUAUCAUUGAUUCUGAUCACUCAGGUCUGAUCUCCAUGGAAGAAUUCCGGGCCAUGUGGAACCUUUUCAGUUCUCACUACAACGUUCAUAUUGAUGAUUUCCAGGUUAAUGAGCUCGCCAACACAAUGGACUUAAACAAGGAUGGGAGCAUUGACUUCAAUGAGUUUUUAAAGGCUUUCUAUGUAGUGCAUAAGUUCGAUAAAAAUUAGACACCGAGUUUGCUAAAGCCUCCUGAGGGAUUCCCUUAGUCCCCUUACAAACAGCUGGGCCCAAACCACAGACACAAUCUUUUCCAAGACCCUGAAAAUCCAUAGUCAAUAGUAGAGAAAAGUAGUCCCCAGUUCACAGCACGCAGACGCACAGUACGGAUGGGUACUGGGAGUGCCUGGCAAGCUGUUAGUUGUAAGACUAGGUUAAAUGUCAGCAGCUAGGAUUUGGCUCCAGGUUAGAACCCACACAGUGCCAGCGAGAAACUGGCUUCCAGCCUAGUGUUUGUCUCUUGGAUGCCACCUAACCAGGAAACCACAGCAAUUUUGAAACCUACUGAAAGGAACCCAUAGCGCUUCAGACAAAACUGCUGGGAGCAACAUCGGGAGUGAAGGCUGGGAGGAGGAUUACCAAACGAUGAGUGCAAUAAACCAGUCCCACCUUUCAGCUGCAGUCCUCUGUGCAGAUUCCUUA